GCUUCUGUCCAGAGAAGGAGCGGAGUGAACAAGCGAUCUAUUUAAAGAAAGAAGGGGGCACGCAGCCCUUUGAAUGUAUAUGUUGUACAUGUGCUUCUUGUAGGGCUGGUGUUGCUGCUGUUGUUGUUGUCAUCGCCUUACCCCCCACCCCACCCAGCCCCCCUUCCCCCCUUCUGCAUCCUCCGGAUCCUGUCUUGCUCCAUCUCCUGCUCCAGCGAAGAUGGGGAAAGGGACAGGACGGGAGUCUGCACCCCCAGGGGCCACCGCUGAGAAUGGAGGCGGGAAGAAGAAGCAAAAGGAGAAAGAGCUGGACGAGCUGAAGAAGGAAGUGAACCUGGAUGACCACAGGCUGUCUCUGGAUGAAAUCAGUCGGAAGUAUCAAGUGGAUCUGUCCCGGGGUCUGACCAACACUCGGGCGGCUGAGAUCCUGGCCCAAGAUGGCCCCAACGCCUUGACCCCUCCGCCAACCAUACCGGAGUGGGUUAAGUUCUGCCGGCAGCUCUUUGGUGGGUUCUCCAUCCUCUUAUGGAUUGGGGCCAUCCUCUGCUUCCUGGCCUACAGCAUCCAAGCGGCAAUGGAAGAUGAACCAGCCAACGACAACCUCUACCUGGGAGUGGUGCUGGCAGCCGUCGUCAUAGUCACCGGCUGCUUCUCCUACUACCAGGAGGCCAAGAGCUCCAAAAUUAUGGACUCCUUCAAAAACAUGGUGCCUCAGCAAGCUCUGGUGAUCCGGGAAGGCGAGAAGAUCCAGAUCAACGCUGAGAACGUGGUGGUGGGGGAUCUGGUGGAGAUCAAAGGCGGGGACAGAGUGCCAGCGGACCUCAGGAUCAUCUCCUCCCAUGGCUGUAAGGUGGAUAACUCCUCGCUGACGGGCGAGUCGGAGCCGCAGACCCGGUCCCCGGAGUUCACGCACGAGAACCCACUGGAGACACGCAACAUCUGUUUCUUCUCCACCAACUGCGUGGAAGGGACCGCGCGGGGCAUCGUCAUCUCCACCGGGGACCGGACAGUGAUGGGACGCAUCGCCUCGCUGGCUUCCGGCCUGGAAGUGGGCCGCACCCCCAUCGCCAUGGAGAUCGAGCACUUCAUCCGCAUCAUCACCGGCGUGGCUGUCUUCCUGGGCAUGUCCUUCUUCAUCCUCUCCCUCAUCCUCGGCUACACCUGGCUGGAGGCCGUCAUCUUCCUCAUCGGCAUCAUCGUGGCCAACGUGCCGGAAGGCCUCCUGGCCACGGUCACGGUGUGCUUGACCCUGACGGCCAAGCGCAUGGCGCGCAAGAACUGCCUGGUGAAGAACCUGGAGGCCGUGGAGACGCUGGGCUCCACCUCCACCAUCUGCUCGGACAAGACCGGCACCCUGACGCAGAACCGCAUGACCGUCGCCCACAUGUGGUUCGACAACCAGAUCCACGAGGCAGACACCACCGAGGACCAAUCCGGAGCCACGUUUGACAAGCGCUCCCCCACCUGGACAGCCCUGGCCCACAUCGCAGGGCUGUGCAACAGGGCUGUCUUCAAGGCCGGACAAGAGAAGGUCCCCAUCUCUAAGAGGGACACGGCCGGCGACGCCUCUGAAUCGGCGCUCCUGAAAUGCAUCCAGCUGUCCUGUGGCUCCGUCAAGAAGAUGCGGGAGAAGAACCCCAAAGUGAACGAGAUCCCCUUCAACUCCACCAACAAGUACCAGCUCUCCAUCCACGAGCCAGAAGACAAGGCCAACGGCUACGUCCUGGUGAUGAAGGGGGCUCCUGAGCGGAUCCUGGACCGCUGUGCCACCAUCCUCCUCCAAGGCCAGGAGGUGCCCCUGGACGAGGAGUUGCGGGACGCCUUCCAGAACGCCUACCUGGAGCUGGGCGGGCUGGGGGAGAGAGUGCUGGGCUUCUGCCACUACUACUUCCCCGAAGACCAAUUUCCCCGGGGCUUCAAGUUCGACGUGGACGAGGUCAACUUCCCCAUCACCAACCUCUGCUUCGUGGGACUCAUGUCCAUGAUCGACCCGCCUCGGGCCGCCGUGCCGGACGCCGUGGGGAAAUGCCGAAGCGCUGGGAUUAAGGUAAUCAUGGUGACCGGCGACCACCCAAUCACGGCCAAGGCCAUUGCCAAGGGGGUGGGCAUCAUCUCCGAGGGGAACGAGACCGUGGAGGACAUCGCGGACCGCCUCAACAUCCCCGUAAACCAAGUCAACCCCAGGGAAGCCAAGGCGUGCGUGGUGCACGGUUCCGACCUCAAGGACAUGACGGCCGAGCACCUGGACGAGAUCCUCAAGAACCACACGGAGAUCGUCUUUGCACGCACCUCCCCACAGCAGAAGCUGAUCAUCGUGGAAGGCUGUCAGAGGCAGGGGGCCAUCGUGGCUGUGACAGGAGACGGGGUGAACGACUCGCCCGCGCUCAAGAAGGCCGACAUUGGCAUCGCCAUGGGCAUCGCCGGCUCCGACGUCUCCAAACAGGCCGCGGACAUGAUCCUCCUCGAUGACAACUUUGCUUCCAUUGUGACGGGGGUGGAGGAAGGGCGCCUGAUCUUUGACAACCUGAAGAAGUCCAUUGCGUACACCCUGACCAGCAACAUCCCAGAAAUCACGCCUUUCCUGCUGUUCAUCAUUGCCAACAUCCCUCUGCCCCUGGGCACCGUCACCAUCUUGUGCAUUGACCUGGGCACCGACAUGGUCCCGGCCAUCUCCCUGGCCUACGAGGCCGCGGAGAGCGACAUCAUGAAGAGGCAGCCUCGGAACCCCAAGACGGACAAACUCGUGAACGAGCGCCUCAUCAGCAUGGCCUACGGGCAGAUCGGCAUGAUCCAGGCCCUCGGCGGCUUUUUCACCUAUUUUGUGAUCCUGGCUGAAAACGGCUUCCUUCCCACCACCUUGCUGGGGAUCCGUUUGGACUGGGAUGACCGCUCCAAAAAUGACUUGGAGGACAGCUAUGGCCAGGAAUGGACGUACGAGCAGCGGAAGGUGGUGGAGUUCACCUGCCACACGGCCUUCUUCGCCAGCAUCGUGGUGGUGCAGUGGGCUGAUCUCAUCAUCUGCAAGACCAGGAGGAACUCCGUCUUCCAGCAGGGCAUGAAGAACAAAAUCCUGAUCUUCGGCCUCCUUGAGGAAACCGCCUUGGCCGCCUUCCUGUCCUACUGCCCCGGGAUGGGCGUGGCGCUGCGCAUGUACCCGCUCAAGGUCACUUGGUGGUUCUGCGCCUUCCCGUACAGCCUGCUGAUCUUCGCCUAUGACGAAGUCAGGAAGCUCCUCCUACGCCGCUACCCUGGUGGCUGGGUGGAGAAGGAGACCUAUUACUAAGCCAGCAAAGCAAGCCAGAGCUCCCCACUGGAGCCAGCCCGGACAACCUGUAGCCACACUCUGUAGUUGGACAGAUGCAAUAAAUGACCUUUAACCCUGUU